GUAUAGAAAACGGAACUACAUACAUUUGUACAUAUUCUACGGGCAAACUAACAAUCGAACGGCAAAUACAAGUGCGCUUAAUAUUUAUUGGAAAUUCCACAGCAGUUUUGAGUUUUGUUUAUGCCACAAAAAAGAGCUGCGAAAGUGUGCCUGAGUAUUUCAAGAAUUUUAAGUGCAAACAUUUCCCCCAGAAGCAAGAGAAUUCUUCUGUUUCCCAAUUGUGUUUGGUGUGUGUUGAAACAUUUACAAUAAUUUUCCGUGGAAAAAAAACGACACUUUUGUGGAUACAAGCGGACUAUUUGGCAAGGCAGCUUUUCUUUUUGUUGUCUUCCUACGAUUUUUCUUUUGGAGCAACGAAAACAACACAUGUGAGGUGUUGCAGCAGUCACAUCAAACCGCCCGGCAGCUGCUGAAUGAUCUAUGAACUUGUCUCUUGUAUCUUGUAUCUGUAUCUGUGUACGCCCACGAUUUUGGGGGGAGCUCUCAUUUGGUGACAAGAUGGCUGCCAUAAAUCCAUCAACUCACUGAGUAAAUCACACCCCACAAGCCAAAACAAUAAUUAAGAGGCAUAUAAAUACGAUACAUAGAACGAGGAGUAGUAUUUCCGUUACGCAGCGACAAAAGGUGGAUCCAUCAAGUGAAGGAGGAUCAUCAUCAUCGAGAGAUAGAGAGAGGAGAGAGUAGAGAGGAGAGCGAUCACUUCAAAGAAGGCGCCAAAAACACAUGUUGUGUGGUGCCCCCUAAAGAGACGGCAAAACUGUUGCUGUAUCCAUAAUAAAUUAGAGAGAACUUAGAAGAUCACUGAUCUGCUUCCGCACAGAGAGACAGAGAGAGAGAGAGCGCAGAUCAGAUCAAAUGCUGUAGGAACCCCAAGCUAAAGUGGAUUUCCGGUGAAUAAAAAACCAACACAAGGGAAAACACAUGCGACAAACUCCAUCAGAAACGGAGUUGCAGUUGCAGUUGCAGUUGUCUGCCAGCGCCUACCCCUUGGCUGCUGCGAGUGGCACUUAGGAGGGGUGCACGCACGAUACAAAAAGUUACAAAAAUAAAUAUGCUAAAAAUGGACAUGUGCAGUGGCUGGAGUGGCAGCAACAACAGAAGCAACAGCAGCAACAGUGGCAGACGACAACACAACAGUCGCUCGAAGAUCAUGUUGAGGGAAAGACUUGUCUGGGCUGUGCUGCUCUCUGUGGUGCUCAUGACACCGCCACAAAUCCACGCUAGACGCUCACCUGCCAGCUCGCAAGAGCUGCUCAAGGACUACGAUAAUGUGGGAGCCAGCAAUCGACAGAGAAGUGCAGCAACGCCGAACCAACCAACACCAAAUAAUCCACCCGAAAUCAGCAAUCCAACGGAGGAAAACAAUGGCGAGGAUGAUGACAAAUCCACAGUGGCAGAGGCAAGCCCCAAGGCGACACAAAAGCGACCCUACUGGAAGAAUCUCAAUAAAAUGGUCUCACUGCAGACCAAACCUUCAGGUUCGCUGUUAACUCUGAGCUGUCCCGCGCUGGGCAGUCCGGAACUGAAGCUCACGUGGUACCGCAACGACACAAGCGAGUGGUCUCGGAAUUAUGGCAGUCUGAAGAAGAUACGUUGGACCCUCACCAUGGAGGAUCUAGUGCCCGACGACUCGGGCAUUUACACCUGCCAAGUGUGCAAUGAUCUGGGCUGCAUCAGUCAUGCCACAAAGUUGAUAGUCAGCGAUCGAGUGAAUCACAAGCCCAUACUGAUGACGGGUCCCGGGAAUCUAACGCUGCUGAUCAAUGGCAGCGGACACAUGAACUGCAAAUAUCUAUCGGAUUUGACGAGCAAAAAGGCGUGGAUAUUUGUGCCCUGCCAAGGUGUGACAAAUUGCUCGAAUAAUCGCACCAUUGUGGCACACGAUUUGGAUCGUUUGGAUUUCGUCAACGUCACCAUGGAGCAGGAGGGCUGGUACACGUGCGUCGAGAGCAACAGUCUGGGGCAAUCGAAUAGCACCGCGUAUCUGCGUGUGGUGCGAAGUUUGCAUCUGCUCGAGGCGGGCAUGCCCAGUUUCUUCAUGCGCAGCAAUGGCAUGGUGGCCAGUGUCAUUGUCACUUUUCUGCUCCUCCUCGUGUGCUCCUUCUUCGUCUACUAUGCCGUGCGCAAGAUGAAGCACGAGAAGCUGCUCAAGCAACGCAUCGAAACGGUGCAUCAGUGGACCAAAAAGGUGAUCAUCUUCAAGCCCGAAGGUGGCGGCGAUUCCAGCGGUUCCAUGGAUACCAUGAUUAUGCCCGUGGUUAAGAUACAAAAGCAACGCACGACUGUGCUGCAAAGUGGCAACGAACCGGCGCCCUUUAACGAAUAUGAAUUCCCGCUGGACUCCAACUGGGAGCUGUCGCGUGGACAACUCGUACUGGGCGCCACUCUGGGUGAGGGCGCCUUUGGUCGCGUUGUCAUGGCAGAGGUCAACGGUGCCAUUGUGGCCGUUAAAAUGGUCAAGGAAGGACACACCGAUGAUGAUAUUGCCAGCUUGGUGCGGGAAAUGGAAGUGAUGAAGAUCAUUGGACGCCACAUCAACAUUAUCAAUCUGCUGGGCUGCUGCAGUCAGAGUGGCCCACUCUAUGUCAUUGUGGAAUAUGCGCCGCAUGGCAACCUGAAGGAUUUCCUCUACAAGAAUCGUCCGUUUGGGCGGGAGCAGGCGGACAGCUCACAGCCACCGCCAUCCCCACCGGCGCACAUCAUCACCGAAAAGGAUUUGAUCAAGUUUGCCCAUCAAAUUGCACGUGGCAUGGACUACCUGGCCUCGCGGCGUUGCAUCCACCGCGAUCUGGCCGCACGCAAUGUACUCGUCAGCGAUGAUUAUGUGCUAAAGAUAGCGGACUUUGGUCUGGCCAGGGACAUACAGAGCACGGAAUACUAUCGGAAGAACACCAAUGGACGGCUGCCCAUCAAGUGGAUGGCGCCGGAAUCGCUGCAGGAGAAGUUCUACGACUCGAAGAGCGAUGUCUGGUCCUACGGCAUUUUGUUGUGGGAAAUUAUGACCUUUGGGGCACAGCCCUAUCCCACCAUUAUGUCUGCGGAAGAGCUCUACAGCUAUUUGAUGUCUGGGCAGAGGAUGGAGAAGCCCGCCAAAUGCUCGAUGAACAUUUACAUUCUGAUGCGACAAUGUUGGCAUUUCAAUGCCGACGAUCGGCCGCCCUUUACGGAGAUUGUGGAGUACAUGGAUAAGCUGCUGCAAGCCAAAGAGGAUUAUCUGGAUGUGGAUAUAGCCAACUUGGAUACGCCACCCUCGACCAGCGAUGAGGAGGAAGAUGAAUCGGAUGCUGAGCAAAUGUUGCGAUAUCAUUACGUUAAGAGAUCAGCAAAUGAUCACUAGGAUCUUUGCAACUGAAACUUUAACUUGAAAUACGAUUUUGAAACUAUCUUUGCCACGAUCUACUGUACAUAUCUCGCCUAUAAGUCUGUAAAUCUAUUUAGAAACAAACGCAACCAAAAUUGAACCAAAAAGCAACACGAAUUUAUUGUUAGUAUUAGUUGAUAGCAUACAAUAAACAUUAUUAUAUAUUAUAUAUAUUUGCAUAAGGGGACGUGCAGCAGUGCCCCUCGGUUUAGCACCUUAAGUUUUAAUCUUUAAGCUAUCGGUUGUAUUUUCUUCUUGUGUUUGUAUUUCUGUAUUCUCUGUACUGAUCUUUGUAGUAUUCUCUGCAGUUUUUAUACUCGCUAAAUGAUAAAUGUAAACGCGCUACGGUGCAGCUCCCCCCACUCCCCCCGAAAAAAGUGCCUUAUGAAACAAUAAAUGUUGUACGUAUCUGUAUCUGAAGCUAUA